AUGUCUGGUUCGCCACCCGAUCAGGUGCGCUGCAUGCACGUGCUGAUAAAGCACAACGGGUCAAGAAAUCCGGUUUCUCGCCGCACCAACCAGCCUGUUACUAAGUCCAAAGACCAGGCCCGGGCUGAAUUGCAGGCUAUUCAGGCCAGUGGCCUUUCUCCUGAGAACUUCACGCAGUUUGCAAGUCAAUACAGCGACUGUGGCUCGUUUCAGAGAGGGGGCGACCUGGGCUUUUUCACACGAGGAAUGAUGCAAAAGCCAUUCGAAGACGCGUCAUUCGCUUUGCAGGUUGGGGAAAUUAGUGGCAUUGUUGACACUGAUUCGGGCUUGCAUAUUAUUUUCAGAAUCGCAUGA